UUUUUCAGUGAACCUUUGUAUCUUUUCAUUGCAAUAAAUACAGGAAUAUUUAUUAUAAAUGUUCAAAAUGAAAACAUUUCCUAUUACAGUUUUAGAGAUUUUAAAUUGAAUGAUCAAGAACUUAAAUUUCCCACAAUUAUAAGAUCAACUAAUAUUUUUUAUUCAGAUGAAACAAUAAAUAUGAUAUUAAUUCCUCUACUUGGAAAUAAAUUCUAUAAGUUAACAUUAAAUGUUCAUUUUUCAACAAUUCCUGAUAUAAUUUCACUAGAAGUGAAUAAUCUAAGUCUUGAAGAAAAUAUCACUAAUUCAAAAUCUGUUGAAUAUUUAUCAUUUUUAUCAAGUGGAAAUAUUCCUCCAGAAUCAUUUUUGCUAAAACAAUUGAAAAGAAAGAAACAAGUUAAACUUGAUAAAACUUCAAAAUCAAAAAUGUUUCAGCCAUUAACUUUUAAAUCUAACAUAAAAUCAUCUGGAUAUAAUCAAGUUUCCAGAAGAAAACUUUUUCAUCCUAUUCUUAAUAAACAACACAACAAUAAUACAAUACUCAAAAAGAGAUCCUCUUCUGAUUUGGCUUGGAAAAAAAAAGAAAUAAUCAAAUGCUAUUGGGAAAAGGAACCAAAACAAUUAUAUUCUGAAAGAUUAGAAAAUUCAAAAAACUUAAUUUUACAAACUACAGGUAAACCUACAUUGAUUAUGAUAGCUUGCAACAUGAUUGUGAUAAAGCAGAUGUUUCAACUUUUUAUUCAUGGUAUUUGUUAGUUAAAAAAAACUCUUACUAUUUAUUUUACCUUAGCUUACAUUAUGAAUCAGUUUAUUUAAUACUUCAGGUAAGACUAAAUAAGUUUGGGAUAUGCUGUGAUAAUCAAUUGUUGAAUUAUAUCCAAAUAACUGUUCUAAUUGUAAAGAAUUGAAUCUAUUACAUAUCCACCUACUUCUAAAGUGUAAAUCAUAUUGAUUAUUAACCUUUUCCUUACCAAUUGCCGUGCCCCCUUGUUUAUGUUUAGUGUGUAAACAGCCCAAGGUCAAUGUAGGUGAAUCAGGCAAUAUUAUUUUAAAAAUCCACCAAAAUAAUUUAUAUAUUCAUAUGAAAAAAAUUAUAUAUCUUUAUCAAUAUAUUUAUUGUUAAAUAUGACAUUUUUCAAUAAAUUUUAUUUAAAA